GGAGCUUUUUUUAGUUUUUAUUUUUUUUAAGAGGAGGGGAAAAAAAAAUUGACGGAGGGAAAAAAAUAAUAAUUGCGAAGGGCUUGAUCCGGGAGAACAAUACUCGCCGGGAAAGUUGCUGCGCGGCGGGGAGGGAGCGGCGGGAGGAAAAUGCCGCAGCUGGGCAGCGGCGGCGGGGACGACCUGGGCGCCACGGACGAGAUGCUGGCCUUCAAGGACGAGGGCGAGCAGGAGGAGAAGAUCCCUGAGAACGCCUUCACCGAGCGCGACCUGGCCGACCUCAAGUCCUCGCUGGUGAACGAGUCCGAAGGCAGCGGCAGCCCGGCCGCCGCCGAUCCCGAGGCCCUCCGGCGAGUGCAGGAUUCGCAGAGGGUGUACCAGGAGAAGCUCCCGGACCACAUGGAUGAUGCAGGUAUGAAACAUCAGGACCCGGGAAUGUAUAAAGGAUCUGCCUAUUCUGGUUACCCUUUCCUGAUGCUCUCAGAUCCGUAUCUGCCCAAUGGAUCUAUGUCACCUCUGUCCAACAAAGUUCCUGUUGUGCAGCCGUCGCACGGAGUGCACCCUCUCACCCCGCUCAUGCCGUACAGCAACGACCAUUUCAGCCAUGGCUCCCACUCGCCCCACUUGCCUGCUGACAUCAACCAGAAACAAGGAGUGCACCGUCCUUCCCAGACCUCAGACAUCCCUGGUUUCUACCCCCUGCCCCCCAGUGGAGUCGGCCAGAUCACGCCGUCGAUGGGAUGGCAGAGCCAGUCUGUCUAUCCGCUCCCGUCAUGUGGAUUUAGACAGCCGUAUUCGUCAGCGCUUUCUGCUGGGGCUUCUUUCUCCAGGUUCACUCACCCGCUGAUGCUGGGCUCUGGCAUGCACACCACGGGCAUCCCGCACCCCGCCAUCGUGCCCCACUCUGGCAAGCAGGAGAUGGAGCACUACGACCGAAACAUGAAACCUCAACCAGAACCAAAGAGAGAGAAGGAAGCCAAGAAGCCCACUAUUAAGAAGCCCCUGAAUGCUUUCAUGUUGUAUAUGAAAGAAAUGCGGGCGAAAGUCAUCGCCGAGUGCACCCUGAAAGAGAGUGCUGCCAUCAACCAGAUCUUGGGAAGGAGGUGGCAUGCGCUGUCCCGAGAGGAACAAGCCAAGUACUAUGAACUGGCUCGCAAGGAACGGCAGCUCCACAUGCAGCUCUACCCCGGCUGGUCUGCCAGAGACAACUAUGGGAAGAAGAAGAGACGAACACGGGAAAAGCAGCAAGAUUCCAACUCAGAUCCUGCUUCUCCUAAGAAAUGCAGAGCUCGCUUUGGCCUCAACCAACAAACGGACUGGUGCGGCCCGUGCAGGAGGAAAAAGAAGUGCAUUCGGUACCUACAAGGAGAAGGACGCUGUGCCAGCCCAGUUUCUUCCGAUGGAAGUGCUAUAGACUCCCCUCUCUCCCCACCGGACGCGCUCCGAUGCACCCCCUCCGCCUUCCCGUCAGAGCAGCUCGCAGCCCCCGCCGACCCCGAGCACCGCGACCAGCCCGACCCCUGCCCCGUGUCCGCACACCUCCCGCCCGCCUCCGGCCCCUCCCGCCCAGGCGCCCGGCGCUCCCCCCCCGCCUACAGCCGCGCCUCCUCGGGGACAUAGUCCCUCGCCAGCCGGUGGCCACCCCGGGCACUCCGCUCGCCCACGUGGUUCCACUGCCUCUGCACGAGGACAAGAGGUCCAGCCAAAUCCCCAUAUCACUAUAAAACAGAUGAAGUUUGGCCACAGGAUGACUUGAGGAUGACGGAAAACUCAUUGGGUUGGGUUUUUUUUUUGGAGGGGUGGAGUCAUUAAGAUAGAAAAGCAAUUUCAAAAAAAAAAAAAAGGUAAAAAAAAUAAGUACUUGCCAAAAUUUAAAGUGCUUAUGAGUAAACAAGCCUUUUCUCCCUCCCCUGUGAUGCUUUUUUUUUGUUUGUUUCUUUGGGAUUUUGUUUUGGUUUCUUUUUUACUGCAUUAUCUCCAAGUGUGGCACUGAGCAGAGCCAUGUCCCCUGCUUGUAGGUGGUAGGUGCUGUCAGUUUAACCCUGGCUUCCACUCCCUGCCCUCCGAGCUGUUUGAAAGCGUAGUCACUCACAGAUCUCUCAUAGCCGUUACACCACGGAGCUGAAAAAGCUGGAAUAGGAGCAUUUUUUAAAAGCCCGAUAUGUCUGAAAAGGAAACAUAGUGAUGCCAACGUUGUGAUCUGACCAGGAAAAAGAGAAAUACUUAAACUAAUGAGGUGAAUUUUUUGAACUUCUUGCUUGAGAACAGGAGGAUGGUGUUUGCAGGUAACACGUCUCUGUGCAGACACGUCCCAUUUCCUGGUUGUACAGCAACACCAAGGGAGCACCAGCCAGGCAAAGGAGCAUGGACUGGCUGCUGGAAGGGCUGAUGGUUGCUCAGGUCAAGUGCAGGGUCUGCCUGGCUGUUAGGAAUUACCCUCUGCACAUGUGGAUGGUAAGAAAUCGCACCAGAUAGACCAGCCAAAGCCUCAGAAAUCAGUCUGUUGGUUUUGUAGGCUCUGAUGGAACUCUGCACCUCCACAACGGAGAGCAGGGCAGGGCCUGGGGGGAGGCAGCAGCCCCAGCAGGCUGGCCAGGGCCCAGGAUCACACCAGCCCAGGGCUGAGGAGCACCCUGGCCUUUCCCUGAGCAGAGGGGGGAGGUGUGAGCUCUGCUGUCCUGGGGCAGUGUGGCUGCAGAGUAGCACUCACCGCCCUGCUCUGGGCUGCAGGCAUCUAUCUGUACAUACCCUCGUUGAGAUAAGAACCCUCUUUUUAAUGAUUCAGGGUAGAGCUUUUAAAAAAACCUUAUUCUAGCUUUUUCUGAAAGAUUCUCCCUCCACCCAAUGACGAUGCCAAAUGUUAAUGUGUUCUCUCCAGCUUUAAAAUGUUUACCAGUUUCUGGCAUUGUAUUUAUAUUUCAAGUUUGAUAAACAAAACACAGUGGAUGGAUUAUGAUCUUCAUGAACUGAUGUAAAUCCCAAAUAAUUCCAAGUUCUGGAUUUACUUCAGGUUUACAGUCUUCUCAGAGACCACAGUCUAGUCCAGUGCAGACUUUUUUUCCUGUUUGAAAGAAAUCUAUUCCAGACUGCUGAAGAGAAAAUUGACACCACACAGAGGUAGAGGGAGCACUAUUUUUUUCCUACUUGAUACAUGGGUUUUGGAGUACUGAAUACAAAUUAUGUAGUAAUAUUAUUGUAGAACUGCAAGAAAUUUAAGAUGACCUUUAUAAUGUACAAACUAUUUUUAUAUUUUUUUCUUAAUGCAAAAACACAAACCAUAAUUUUUUACAUUGGAUUAAAUGUAACUUUUUAACCAAGUGUAUGCCUCAAAGAUUUAAAAUUUUAAAAAAACCCAGAUCUAACUAGUGUGUAGACCAGCUUUGGGUUUAGUCCCUUUAUUUAGAUAGUUUUGCUUAUAGUAGUGUAGAUUUUUUAUUUCUGGUUUUAGUUUAGAAGAGCUAAACCUAUUUCUUUAUUCCUCUCCUGUGUACAUGUAACUUCAGAAGCUCUUACAGAAAGCUAUGUGCACAAACCUGACAAGUUUGCAAAGGGUCAUUUUGAAGUUUAAAUCAUUUUAACCCUUGGAGAAGUAGCAUUACCUGAUCCAAUGUCAACUGUACACUUGUGUACUAACUGCACUCAAAGGGUUAAUUACAUAGCACUAGAUCAAUAUGCAAUCUGCUCAUUUUAAAUUAUUUUAGCAAGCUUAGCCAACAGCAUGGUCCAGUGCUGAACAGAGGAACGCAGUAGAUUUGCCAGACCUAACAUUGUUUCUUUAAUAAUUUGAUUUUCAAACAAACAAACAAAAAAAAACAGCUUUAAAAAAUGGCUGUGUCUCAGGUCAUGAUUUAUCACUCUCAGACCCUCUGCUGUCAUGUGCUGUGAAAGUGUCACCUACUGGAAACACCGCAGAUGACAGACCAGCCACCAAGCCUCUGUACCCCGUACUGGGUGUAAGGCUGGUGUAACUUAACACCUGAUUGGUAUUGGGUGACAGAUGGAACUUAGCAGUAAAGCAAAGGCAGGUAGAAAAGAAAAAGGAGAGGUGUCUAAAUUAACCACCAGAGGAAAUUUCAGGGAAAGUCCUGAUCAGUAUUAAAACUGGCUGAGGCACCCCAAACCAGCCCUCAUUCAUUUCAUGCCCUGGGACUUUCACCCACUUAUUUCAAGGCUCCUCUGGCCCCUCCGCAGUGUUGUGAGUCCCUGGCUCGAGCAGCAAAAGGCUCAUCUGCAUUACAGUCUCCACUCAGCAUUGUUACUCCAGCUGAUUCCUGCAAAAGCUCCUUGGUGACACAUAACACCCCCUCUUCCAGGAGCCUUUUCCUGUGCCCUAGUGGCACCAAAGGGUUUUCAGAGCCCCAGAGCUGGAGCAGUCACAUCCACUGCCUCGUUCAGCCUGCAUUCUGCUCUAUACAUACAGGUUUAUGGUCAGACCUUACUGGGCUUCCAUCUACUACAGGAUAAACUCAGAAUAUAAACUUCUGAUAUACAACUCAGUUUAUACUGGGGUAACUGAGAAAAAUCUCAUUCUUUUUAUUCCAGAACACAGAAGAGACACCUUUAGGCUGCCCCUUUCCAAGACAAAACAGUAGGACUAACUUCUGUUCCAUGGCCCAACGGCUGAUAACUAAUGCCAAAACAAAAUUAUUCUUUCUUGUUAAUACCAAAAAAGUGUCUUUAGAAUUGCCAUAUGACGUAUUGCUAUUUUGUGUUAAUACUCUUUUUUUGUAAUAGAAGUAAGACAUUGCUCUGAAGUUUUUAUCUCAACAAGUUGUUUUACAUCAGUUUUAAUUCUUCCUGAAAUACAUAUUUGAAUUGCUGGAAUCAGUCUGAAUGUAGAAGUCAUGGAAGUACCACUUCAUUAAAACAAGUAAAACUACUGUAUGGAUGUAGUAGGGAUAAAUGUUUUGCAGCUGUACCUUCAUUUGUCCAAUGACUAUCCAUCAUUUGUUGUCAUUUUUUUACUUCACUGAGUUUGUAUUUUUUGGCUUUUAUGUUCAAAGUAUGUUUAUAGCUUUAUAAAUAAAGUAAUUGCCAGACUGGCUGUUCAAAAGAGGCCACUGGAAGUUAUAAUGCUAUCAAAUUCUUAAGUAACUUUUUCUUAACAUUCAAGAGGAUUCCUGCUUGCUUUCGUUUUUUCCCUUCAGCAUGUGUAUGUUUGAAUAGUUUUUAGAAUAACUGCCAGUAACCUUCAGUGGGUAAGACUGAAAUAGUAAGUCAAGGGCACAAAGAAAAUACUUUUUUCUACAAUUCCUACUGACACCCAGCUUUCCCUCUCCCUACCCCCCACACUUAAUCCCUUUAUCCAAAGAGAAGCAUGAUACCUGAUAACACAUUGACUUCAAAAAAAAAAAAGUUAGGGAAGGACCAUACAAGUUAAACAGCAACAGAGAGUUUAAACAUUGGGAAAUCAGUCUCUCCUGCUUUCCAGAAUUUCAGAGUACACAGCCAGUGCCUGUUACAGCAGCAAGGAGCAGGUUCAGCUGAAGCAUGGAAUACAGACAGCCCAAACUCUCAGCACUGCCCCAAUAUCCUUCUCUGCAGUUGAGCACUAGUAUUACUGGAGUGGGUAGGACAAUUGAGAGAUACAGGGAAAAAAAAAAAAAAACAAAAAAGAGUCUUUUCCUGCUGACAUCCCUGCCAGGCAGUUACAGUACUUGAAUCUGGAUGAAAUCUGAGUCGAUACUACAGGGGAAUUUCAAUUAGAGAAAGUUAUGCAAUCCUAACUACCAAAACUAGUGAGAGUAUUACAAAUCUGCCAAAGCUACACAAUGCCUUGAGCACACAGACCAGCCUUCCCCUAUACCUCCACAAGUGGCUCGGUGCCAACAGCCAAGUGUCACAACCUGGGGCUUCAGCAGAGGCUCCACCACACCAUAUCUGACCAACACAGCUCAGGCUUUGGGCCAGCUGCUCUCACAAUUACCAAGUUUUAGCCCAGGUGUGGUUAUGUAGGCACAGCAUAGUUGGAGCAGUGCAAUGAGGAAGAUAACUGUCUUUGUCUUUCCCCCACCCUAAAAAGCAGCAUGAGGCAUUGUGCAAGGUAGUGGCUGCUGACAAACUUUGACACCGUGCUCACAACAAGCACCUUUGGGUGCCAAAAUUCCAUUUUGGGAAUUUACACAGGCUGCUGCCACCAAACACAAUUACACCAGGCUUCUGUAUUAGCCACAGCAGCCUGAGGAACAAGUGUACUCUGCAACACUGCACACAGAUCUGGAUUUAUUUCUUGUAAGAAUUCAGCAUAAGCUGAACAUUAACUAUGAACAUAGCCACAGAAAUGACAUCAUAUUUUCCUCUAGUAGCGCUUUUAAACUGAGGUGCAUUGUUUGCAAUACAGGCUGCUGGAAAGGCUUCAGCGUAUCAAAGUGUAGCAGUAGAAUAUUUUAUGCCCACUCAAAGUGUCUAAUACACCCAAUAUAAUGCACAGCAGCACAAAGGCAGGCCCCACAAUCUCCUGAGCAACCAGAUGUGAGGAGCAGUUGUAUCCAAAUCAUGGAGGCUUUAGAGCAAAUUCUGAAUGCUUUCAUAAUGGUCACAUUCAAAAUUGAGAUAAUCUUGGUAAGCUAUACAAAAAAAAAAAAAACACCUCUCUGGAUAUUUAGCUAUCACCCAACUUCAUCUCAAAGCUGCCCAUUGUGUCUAGUACCCUGCAUUAGUAAUUUUAAAAAAGUUUACAUCUGUUCAAUUAACCACUGCCUCAGUGCUAUUAUUUCUACACUCAGUAAUAAGCAACAGUAAAAUUGUCUAGUUUCAAAUAACUAGAAUCAUUUGCAAACACAAGUUUAGAAGCCCUUUAUUAAUUCAGAAGUGAAACACCAAUAUUUCAAGUGAGAUAAGUAUGUUUAUUAAGGUUCCUUCUACUCUAAGGUUUAUACAGAGAAUGGAAUGCAAUACAAGCUAAGAGCACACCUCAAAGAUCUACCACACAACCAUCCCCUACUCCCUAUAAGGGAACUGUAAAAAAAAAAAAAAAAUAAAGAUCAGAAAACCAGUUACUGUUUAACUAGUUGCAAGUGGCUUUGUCCAAAGAAAAGCUUGAUAUUGCAUUAGCUUUGUAUGCAAUAAUUAAGUCUCUACAAGCUGAAGUAGCACAUACAGAGGCUAAGAUUUCCUGUGGACACAUGAAACCAUAUUUCCUAGAGCUACAUCACAAGGGUCUUUAAAACUGCCUUAAAACCAGCCACUAAUAGUAUGCACAGGUCAAUAAUAUUAACUUUGGUAAUGUCAGUCAUUUUUGGUCAAAUCUGGAUUCCACUUUAAACAGUAACAUGUAUAAAAACACACCCAUCCUGUGCAUAAAGCAACACACUUUAUUUGCUAUCACCUAGAGGCAGGUCUUCAAGACAUGGCUGAAGUAUUCAAAUUUAACUGUCAGGAGCUUUAGUUCUAAAUCGCAUUUUCACUAGUCUAUAAGGCAAGACUAAAAGGACAAGAAAGUGGUCAAUUUUUUUUUUUAAAUGCAA